AAGGGGACACAAGAAGAGGAGGAGGAGGCAGGAGGGCCGUAGACGCCGAAGGUAAACAAACUCUCGGCGAAGUGUUGCAGGAAGAAGAAGAAGAAGAAGGAAGAGGAAGCAGCCCCCGAGACGAUGAUUUCCUUGGCGAUCCCGGACUUCGCGACAUGGGAGGGCAAGAUCUUCGUGGGCGUGCUGGGGUUCUCGUGGGCGACCUACAUGUGGGAGGAGUACCUGGCCUACAGACAGAGGCGUGUGUACCGGGAGAAGAAGGAGCCGCCGGUGGAGCUGAAGGACAUCAUGGAGAAGGACUCCUAUGACAAAGCAAGAGCAUACAGCAUAGACAAGAGCAACUUCAGCCUCAUCUCCGGGGCCUUUGACCAGAUAAUUGGCACAGGUGUGAUGGUGUUUGGAGGAUAUCCAGCACUGUGGGCAGCCUCGGGCAAGGUGGCGGAGUGGCUGGGCAUGUCCGCUGGUGCUGAGAUCCCCCAGACCGUGGUGUUUGUGGGUCUUCGCUCCCUCCUCUCUACUCUCAUCAAUCUGCCAUGGUCUGUUUACUUCACCUUCAAAGUGGAGCAGAAACACGGCUUUAACAAACAGACGCCGGGCUUCUUCAUAAAGGACAACAUCAAGAAGUUCAUUGUGUCACAGGCCAUCUCUGCUCCUGUUGUCUCCUCCCUCGUCUACAUCAUUAAGGCUGGUGGAGACUACUUCUUUUUGUAUCUUUGGGGUUUCACCACAGCUGUCAUGAUGUUCCUCAUGACCAUCUACCCGAGCUGCAUUGCCCCACUCUUUGACAAGUACACGCCACUCCCUGAAGGUGACCUGCGUACCAAGAUUGAGGAGCUGGCCAAGCAAAUAGACUUCCCCCUCACCAAGCUUUACGUGGUGGAGGGCUCCAAGCGCUCGGCACACAGCAAUGCCUACUUUUAUGGGUUUUUCAAGAACAAGCGCAUUGUAUUGUAUGACACACUGCUUGAGGAUUACACUCCACUCAAUGAGGAGGGCACCGAGGCAGAGAAGCCCACGGAAGGCAAGGAGAAAAAGACAGGGUGCAGCACAGACGAGGUGUUGGCAGUGCUGGGCCAUGAGCUGGGGCACUGGAAGCUGAACCACGUGCUGAAGGGCAUUGUGAUAUUCCAGGUUAACUUGUUCCUGGUGUUCACCGUCUUUGGGUCACUGUACAAGUACUCACCGCUGUACCGUGCCUUCGGCUUCAACCACAGCCAGCCAGCCUUCAUCGGUCUCCUCAUAGUCAUGCAAUACGUCUUUGCUCCGUACAAUGAGAUCCUGCAGUUCCUCCUGACAAUGUUCAGUCGCUACAAUGAGUUCCAGGCCGACUCAUUCGCUAAAGCGCUUGGGUUCUCGGAGAAGCUGAAAAUGGCUCUCAUCAAGCUCAACGAGGACAACCUGGGCUUCCCUGUGUACGACCCACUGUACUCGGCCUGGCACCAUUCCCACCCACCUAUCCUGGAGCGCAUCAGGGCUCUUGAGGGCAAACCAAAGGAGGACUAAACGAUUUGUGACACACACCCCGAGAGUCACCAAGGACAGCACCGCCAUUUGAUUCAGCGUCUAUAUGAUUUGUUGUUGUUGUUCAUUUCUAUGAAUUCCAGUGUAUGGGUUAGUUGUGAUGUUAGGUUAUGCAAGAAUUUUUUUUUUCAUCUCUUAAACUGGUGAGGCAGGAUCAGGGGAAUGCUGGGGCAGGGUUUAGGGGAGACAUGCUUAUUAUUGUUAUUCUGGGGUGAGGUAUCAUCAGAUAGGUAGGAGUCAUUGGCUAACCCUUCAAGACUGGCAGGCAUGUAGAUUUGCACUCUAUUUCUCCCCCUUUCUCAAGAGACUCCUCCUUUAUGAGUGGGAAUGUCUUUGUCUCCUGCAUCAGUGUCUCUACGACUGGUGCCCUGGAUCUGUGUCUCUUUAUUGUGGUGCUCGGAAACCUGUGGUCUUUCUUUUUGCUAGUGCUCCUAUCUGACAAGCCUACAGCUCUAUCUCUCUCUCUCUGCAUCCUAGAGGACAUUUGCAUGUUUAGUGUUCAAGGGCAUUCUUUAAGUAUCUCUUGCCUUGCAGUGCUCUGAGUGCACACAAAGACAUAUCUUGUAAUCUUGGGUACUCCUGAAUCUUUUUAGCAUUACCUGACAGCCCUCAAGGGUUACUACAUAUAAUUUCAGGGGUUUAUUUGUGUAUUGAUUUUAGUAUGUAAUCAAUUAUAUGUGGAGAGAUUUGUUUAGUGAUUAUUUUUUGACAAUGGAAGAUGAUUUAGUGAAACUACAAUGUUCAAAACCAAGUUUUUAUAGUUGCUCCCACAACUUUAGUCGACAGAAUGUGAUUCUUACCAAACGUGUGAGCAUGUUUGUAUGAGUGUGUGUUGUCUGACCUGUAGUUCCUUUCUUCAUUUGCUUUACUGUUUUUCUUCCUGUGUGAGAGUAUUGUGCAGGGCAUCAAGUAGAUAGUUAUAAACAAAAAAUUGGCCAGCAAGUGAGAAUUCUAACAUUUCCCAGCCUUGGGAGGUCAUGCUCAGGGUCUCUUCAUAAUUUCCUUCAUGGAGUCUUUUGUAUGACUCAGGUUGACCUCUGAGAAAGUGGCUGCUCAGGAGCAACCUAAAUUGACAGUAGGGAACAGUUAUUAAAAAAACAAUCACUGAGAAGCACACAUCUUCCUGCUGUUCAUGUUAUAGUUUGUUUAAACACUGAUCACUGAGAGAACAACUUAAGACAUACUACAUGGUGACUGUGAGGGCUGUGCAUGCUUAGAUGCAAAGCUUACAAAAUAUUUGAUCAAACAGACCAAAGUACAACUGGUAAAUAGGGAAGUUUUUUGCUCUCAAACUUGUUUCCUGUACUAAGCACAAUAACUGGUAAAAACUAGGCACAAGUUACCUCUUCAGCCAUGGAGGCCGGGCAGCUCAGUGGGUUGGUGCUUGGCUGGCGACUGAGAGACUGCCAGAUCAAUCCCAGCUCACUGCAGCUUCUCAAUGAGAGAGGUAGCACUCUCUUGUAACCUUAGCAGAGCUACAUGGUUAUUGCUACCUAGUUUUGGGGGGAUUCUCAAAUCACCUUUUUACCUCUUCAGCUAGUGGGUGACAGGUUAGAGGACAAAGACAGAUAAUGUGACCUGUUUCUGAGUGGAUGACUUUUAAAUCUCUGGUUACCCUCUAGUGUAAGGGUCUUCAUGUAAUACAUCUGAGAAAAGGGAAGUACAAGUCCAAUAGAUUGAGCACAAGCAUUUUUUAUAUAUCUUUACAAAUGCUGUUAGGGUCAAAUUUAAUAAAUAUUUGUAAUCUG